AUGCCAAGACGUGUGACUCAAGUAAAACAUUUAUUAUUCUAUAUAUCAAUUGCAUUGACUUUGAUGGCAGCAAUUGAAUGGUUUAAAUACGGUACAAAGAUCAAUUAUGAAUGGUUCCAUUGUAGAACUCAAAUAGAAUUCAUGGACUAUGUAGACUCAGGAAAGUCUUCAACUGUUAGAAAGAUUUGGUCCCGUGGUGGUCCAUCCUGUGAUAAAAGAGGUGAGUUCAAAACUAUCGUAAAGAGGAUCUCAAGAGAUUAUGAACCAAAUGACCAACAUUUAUCCUUCUGCAUUAUCGAAAAUGAGCAUGUAAAACCAGUACAUUAUCCUGUUGAAGAUGUUAAUGAAGGCGAUCCAGGUUAUUAUGCUUAUGUAGGGUAUGAUGAAGAUAAAGAACUGGUUGAAUAUUUAUGUGGUGAUCAUUUGGUUUAUCAUAUUUAG